AUGAAGCGCAUUCCGCACCCCAGCGGGACGCCGGUUCUCUUCGACGCGAAGUGGCAUCAGUACAAACUCGGCGAGACGGCCCUCCGCUCCGUCUCGCGGCUGCUCGACCGCCACUUUCCCUUCGACGAGGCCCGCGUUCUCGCGUUGGUGAGCCGGAAGACGGGCGCGCCGGUCGAGGUCGUCAAGCGCGGCUGGGCCCAGCAGGCCGUGCUGGGGAAGAACAUCCACGAGUUCAUCGAGUGCCGCCUGACCGGCCGCCCCCCGCCCAUCUGGGCCGCCGGCCUCCCCCGGGCCGCGGGCGAACCCCCCGAAACCCCCCCCAAAGCCGAUAAAAACGAUGAAACGGACGAAAAAAGUGAAAAAAUGGACGAAAAGACGGCCGCCGCCCUCGGGGGGAUCCACGGGGAGGAGGGGCUGUACCUUCCCGCCGUGGAGGCCGCCGUCGCGCGGGUGGUGGGCCGCUACGACGUCCUCGCGGUGGAGCAGGUCGUGGCCUCGCCGGAGUGGGGCCUCGCCGGGACGAUCGACCUUCUCGCGCGCGAUAAACAAACCGGGGGGCUGCUGCUCGCGGAUUGGAAGACGACGGGGGGCGUGCGGUCGAGUUUCCGCUUCGGCAGCUUCGAGGGCCCCGGCGCCGGGUGUCUUCGCCACCUGCCGAACGCGAAGUCCUACCGCUACGCCAUGCAGCUCCUUCUCUACGGCGCGAUCCUCAAACAACAGCGCUACGUCGAGUCGGGCUUCUUCGACGCGGCCCUGGCGAAAAGCGCGCGGCGGACAUCCCCCGCAGCCCCGCCGGUUUCGCUGGCGGCCCUGCGGGAGGCGAUCGCGGGGCCGGUGGAGUACGGCCUCGUGCAGUUCGCCAAGGACGACGAGGGGGGGGUCGUCGCGGAGUUUAAGCGGGUCGAGGAGGCGACGGUCCUGCCGCCGGACGACCACGAAAUGAGCUUUUCACAGUUGAUGCAGAAGGUCAUGUUGGCGUUGUAG